ACAAAAUGGAGAUUCCUCGAGGACCUCGUGAUCGUCAAACUGUAGAAGUACCACCUUUUCGAAGUAAAGCUGGGCCACCAAAUGAAAGAGAUGAGUCGGCCGUGAACUACGGUAUUGAAACUUUCUCUGAUACUAAAGAAGUUCUUGGGGGAGCUACUCUGGUGGACUAUAGCCGCCUGGGGCUUCCUUGGAGAAACUACAUAUCGUCGAGUACUUUUCGGGACCCAAGUCAACGGGAUCGGAACCUCGUCACGGGAUCGGAACCUCGUCACGCCAGCGCGAAGAAUCGUGACUGGUAUGCCUUCCUAGCACUGUACGUGGGUGUAGCGCAUCCCGGAACCACAGCGUGGCGCGACUUCGUACACUACGAGGUAUUUGGGGUCAACGCGCAACGCACGUACAAGGGGGGCAACGAGAUUUUUCGUCCGCCGCGGGGCCUCGAGCAAGGGUUUUUCCCGUCUGGCGGGUUCGAGUCGCGCCAAGCGGCGGCAAAAUGGUGGCUGCCAGCGUUGGUCGCGAAAGCUAAAGAAGAUGGCCCCACGUCCGCGGCGGACUUCAUGUGCUGGGUGAUGCGCGCGCUGCUUGCCGACGUAGAAACUACACAGGAUGUGGCCAACCUGCUUGACAUGCGUAUUGUAUAUGGGCCCUGUGACUGUGGCAUGCAGUCUUCAACACUGGGAGUCGGAUUACCAGCCGCGUCUGCAGAACCCUCGAAAGGACAGAGUUUCUACCACGGUUUCCUCCAUCUUUCAGUGCAGCGUCGUGACCGAGACACCAGCACACGGCUUUUGCGCGAGCACCCGUUUCUUCAAAGGACGAAUCUUUCUCGGGAGGCGGAGAGUCAGGGACGAGGGACAACAUGAGAACCACGCAGGCCAGGACACCAUCAGGACGACGCGGAUGACGUUGAGGAAAAAGUUGACUACUAUGUAUAAAUUUUUGGGGGUGCAACCUGAAGCCAGCACAAAGGAAAUUGACACGGCAUGUCUCUCCAAUCAAACGUUACUACUUACUAAAUUGUCUUGAUGGGCAGGGAUAUAAUAAUUACAGUACGUCAUCCACUAUCCCAUCUGCUCGAAGAUUGAACACUCACUAAUCCGCACUGCGCUGUAAAUUCCUUACCAUGAGUUUACCUCUGUGUAA